AAACUUGCAAACGGACCCGGUGUCUCUUGUCGCCCGGCCAAUCUCCAUUCCGCCCGCACCACUGGAUCCCGUGCACCAGACGCAGGCGCACACACCAUGGUCACGUCCCACAUCAUCCGCAUCCCUCGGACUGAUGAAGAGGGCUCAUUCAUCCUAGGCGAGGUCACUCCGUCAGGAUCCAAGCCCUUGAACGUAAAGUUCGUGGCAACCGAGGGCGAAGAGCCCUAUGUGGUCAAGCUGAGACAUGACCGUAUCGGCGAAUUGCGGGCUAGUAGCAGCCCCUGCUCGCCAGGGGAAUGGGAAAGCAUCCUGAAGGCGCUCCUCCUCGGGUCCGAGCCGAUCGAGGGGAUCGAAGCUGGCGCUGAAGCCAAGGUGGGCAAAUCCAUCACCAUCACUAUCAGGCGUCGUGUUGCUGGUAUCAAUCAACGCCUUGGCGCCCUGACGCUGAACCACAAGCCGGAUGAGGCCAUCCAACUGUUUGACUGGUGUGGCGCCGCGGCCCUGCAGAGGGAGCAGCUCCAGGAAGCCGCCGUCGCCGAGAAGGCCCGAGUAUCCGAGCUGGAGUCUCGCAUCGCCGAGCUGAGGACCCAGCUGGACGAGCUGACCGAGUCCAAGAAGGCCAGGGAGGCCGAGAUGCUCGAGAAGUUUUGCGUACUCUUGAAUGAGAAGAAGGUCAAGAUCCGCGAGCAGCAACGACUGCUCAGCACCGCCCAAGUCGACUAUUCAAAGCUGGACGCUGCCCGCGCCUCGCAAGCGGCACGGUUAGAUACGAGCGAGGGCCACAAGCCAGCCCCGUCCCGCCGCACGAAGCGCAAGGCGUUGGAGGAUGCCUCGGGCGGCGGGUCGUCGGACUCGGACGACGCGUUCGAGAAGGUGACUCCCGGCUCGGACAAGAUGGAUAUCGACCAGGUGGAGCCGCGUCGGGAGAACAAGGAGCUCUCAGAAUCAGAAGAUCGCGAGACGACCGACGGCGACGAGACGGAGACGGGAAGUGAACCGGAGGAGGAAGAGGAAGAGGCUCCGGCACCGCGGCGGUCGCCGUCAUCACCGAAACUACGUCAAGCCCAAGGGCCAGAGCCCAAAAGCCGUCCUGCGGCACCAAGAAGGGCAGGGAAAGGCAAGGAUUUUGUUAUACACCCGCCGAAGAACCCGGUCAGGAAGGCCAAGGCAGCGACGCCUCCGCCGGCCGAAGGGAGCGAGACGGAGUCAGACGACGAGCUGUGAGCCAUGUAGGCCAAUCGCGAGGCACAAGAUUACUGGAUAUCGGGUAUCCUCCAAAGAACCAGAGCCUAUUCGUUCUGGUGGUUUCUAUCUCCCAGCAGCAACAGUUCCCGUCGCUGGAACCACAAUACCA